ACCAAUAUUGAAACAGACAAAACAAUCUUUUCUCUUCCAAAAGGUGUACGCGUCUCUCUACAAAUACCCUCUGCUUUCCUAUUUGCCACUUCUUUCUUCUUUCUCCAUUAAAUCUUGUAGAACUUUCUAGUUAGCCUCUUUGUUUCUUAUUCUGCUUGUGUUCAUGGGGGCUAAUCUUUCUUCAGUAUUCACAGACCCGAACGCUUUAUCUCUUUAUGGUUCUUUAUCGUCUCAAUCACCAACGCCAAAACCUACUCUUGGGGACUUACCAGAAGGUUGUGUUGCUCUGAUUCUUGCUUAUUUAGACCCACCAGAGAUAUGCAAAUUAGCAAGGUUGAACAGAGCAUUUCGUGGAGCUUCUUGGGCUGAUUUUUUAUGGGAAUCUAAAUUACCUAUGAAUUAUGUUCGUCUUAUUCAGAGAGUUUUUGGUGAUGAUCUGCCUAGAAAGAUUAGUAGGAGAGAGAUUUACGCCAGGUUGUGUAGAGCUAACACUUUUGACGGUGGUACCAAGAAAGCAUGGCUAGAUAAGACUACUGGUGGUGUUUGCUUAUCCAUUUCUUCCAAGGGGUUAGCAAUAACUGGGAUCGAUGAUAGAAGAUAUUGGAAUAAUAUUCCAACCGAAGAAUCUAGAUUCGACACUGUUGCAUAUCUUCAGCAAAUAUGGUGGUUUGAGGUUGAUGGGCAGUUUGAGUUCCCACUUCCAGCAGGGACCUAUAGCAUAUUCUUCAGGCUGCAAUUAGGCAGGGCUGCCAAGAGAUUUGGUCGCCGAAUCUGCAACACGGAGCACGUCCAUGGUUGGGACAUAAAACCUGUGAGAUUUCAGCUAUGGACUUCUGAUGGUCAGUAUGCCUCUUCCCAGUGUUUUUUACGUGAUCCUGGGAAAUGGAAUCUCUACCAUGUUGGGGACUUUGUCGUCGACAGUUCCAAUCCAUCUAUGAAUCUUAAAUUCUCUAUGAUCCAGAUCGAUUGCACACACCCCAAAGGUGGUCUUUGUUUGGACUCCGUGGUAGUAUACCCAUCUAAAAUUAAAGAAAGGUUAAAGCAUUUUUGAUCUGCAUGUAACCUUAUACAUAGGAUAUUCUACGUUGUAGUGAGGUAGAGGAUCUUCGGGAGAGAACAGAGUCUGAGUUAGUAGUUUCAUUUCCAGGCCUUGUAUCUCUUGUAUUUAGGCAGUGUGAAUAUUGCCAUUUUUUGCUUCUUGAGAAGUGUUUUCUUCUUUUCUCUUGCCAGAGCUGCUUACAAUUCAUAGAACUAUUAUGUUUUGUAAAAAUUACUGUAGAGCUAGCAGUUGAUUUUAUUAGAAUCUUUGAAUGUGAUUAAA